CUUUAAAAGUGUUUUAUGCAUGACUAGAUUCAGCUGAGUCACCUCCCAGAAAGUCGGUGAAAGCUGGGUUCACUUCAGAGCUGAGCACUUAUUGUCUCAAGACUUCUUUUUUUUUGUCGCACUGUACAGUGAUUGGUUCGCUUCCUUAUUCACAGACGGGUUUUAAUCAAUCUACAGAAUGCAUAGGGGAUGAUGUUCAACGCAUCAGGGAAACUUGUCAUAACGCUAGGUGUCGCUGCUGUCGGCGUUUACGGUGCCACAAACGCACUGCAUCUCGACGAACUCCUGAAUGCGAAUCUGUUCCACUUUUCAUCCCGCGCCUUUUCUGAGAUUGCUCAGGACUCGAAGGAAGCACACUUUGCUGUAUUACGAAGCAAGAAUGCUAAACAAGACACGAUGAUGAUGACGAGAGAAAGGGAAGAUGCGGAUUAUUUGAAGGUGGUGGAAAUCGGAAUCGGCAUCGGCGCGAAUUUCCAGUUCAUGCCGAGCAGAACCGCGGUCAUCGGAGUAGAUCCGAAUCCUUACUUUGAGAAAUUCGUGAGACGAAAUGCAGACAAGUACCCGAAUGUCAGACUUGAAUCCUUCAUCGUAGGCAAAGGGGAAAACCUUGAAGAUAUUUCGUCAUCGAGCGCGGACGUAGUCAUAACCACGCUCGUCUUGUGCCAAACCAAGGACAAGAGGAAGUUUCUGGCUGAAAUUCUGAGGAUUCUGGUACCUGGCGGAAAGUACUUUUUUUGGGAACACUUGGAUGCGUAUGUGAGAUCGGCGGAGACUGACUCGAACCGGAAAUUACUGGAACAUCACAGCAAAGAUCGCAGUCCACACGACAGACGUGGAUACUAUUGCAGGAGAUUCACUUUGCUGAUGGACUACUGUUACAUUACCUUGGGGGAAAACCUUGAAGAUAUUUCGUCAUCGAGCGCGGACGUAGUCAUAACCACGCUCGUCUUGUGCCAAACCAAGGACAAGAGGAAGUUUCUGGCUGAAAUUCUGAGGAUUCUGGUACCCGGCGGAAAGUACUUGUUUUGGGAACACUUGGAUGCGUAUGUGAGAUCGGCGGAGACUGACUCGAACCGGAAAUUACUGGAACAUCACAGCAAAGAUCGCAGUCCACACGACAGACGUGGAUACCAUUGAAUUUACCAAAAGCACAAAAGCAAAGCGCUCCUUCAAUACAAGAGCAGUGAAGAAGAGGACGCCAUUGCGCAAACUGGAUUCCAAUCUGUCGAGUUUGAAGUUUUCCAAUUGCCCAGUGCGAAAAAAGUGUCCAAGCCCACGACUUGGUUCGCAGAACGUUUGGCAUCCAGUUAUUCCCCGACUUUACACUUACGCGGAAUCGCAACAAAGGCCCGAGUCGAACCGUAAUUUUCCACAGCUCCCAUCAAAUAUGAAACCCUCGAAUUUUCGAUAAAUUCGAACGAAUGCUUUUUCUUCCCAUUCGUUUAUUACUCCGUAAAUUGACUUUUUUCCGAACAAAAAAAAAAACACCAGUCCCGAACGAAGAAAAUAAAUCAAACAUUGGCUCGUUUUGUCAAAAUCUCCUCUCCCCCAUGAAGCGAUAAAAUACUGCCGAAAUCGGAGAGUUAACAAACGGGAUUUAAAACCGUCCCAGGCAAAAAAAAAACAAGAUCGUUCGUUCGGGCCGUUACAAAAUAAAAAUUACUUCAUGUACACGAGCUCAGAC